CAGGCUUUUACAUAAUUGUUUUUAUUGCUGCUUCUAUGUGUUUUUACCUGUUGCGUCGUUUUUAUGCUUGUAUUUUAUAGAUUUUGAAUUUGGUUGUUUUUAUAUUUUUAGCUUAAUAUUUUUAUUGUCAUUCUAUUGUAUGUUUUUUAACUUUUGUAAACCACUUUGUGAUUGUUUUUAAUGAAAGGCGGUAUAUAAAUGCAUCAAUAAAUAGAUCCUUGUCUUCUGCAGGUGGCUAGGCAGGCGGGUUCUCUAUCGUGCCAAGGGCAUCCGUGAUCCCCUACUUCAUCUCUGUGUGAUUCCUUAAAGGGUCUUUUAUCAGACCUCUAGUGGAAUGCAGCUGUCCAGAUGUGUUAGGUUGUUGCUGGGGUGAUCUGUGGUGAUUUGCCAGAAUAGGGCCAGGUCAUUGGUUCUGACUGCUUGGAUGAGUUGUGAGUGACCAAGUGACUUCCAUGUCAUCUCUUUUCUUGUGUUUGAGAAGUUGUUUGUAUUGCCUCUUCUGCUCUGCACAGACGUUGAUCCUGCAUUGGCUUUGUAAGCAGUGUAGUUGGCAAUGAGCUGCUGCUGCUGCUCUUCUUCUUCUUCUUCUUCUUCCACAUUCAGAAUCAAACCAUGAUUUGGAGUGGUGCAGGUGCUGUUUGAGGCAAGGAGUGUCUUCAUGAGUUAGUUGCUUUUGUAAUUCCUGCACUAGGUUGCUGUAGCUCUCUAGGACUGUGUUGGAGGGUUCUGCUGAGAGCAGGGAAAGGUGGAUGUGUUGGAAGUGUUCUCUUUUAUUGCUUUGUCCCUACUCCGUUGUUGCUUUGUCCAGUUGGGACCAUUUGAUUUGGCAGACUCUUCCCGCUGGUAGAAUUUAUGGUUGGUAUAGAGCCUCGGCAUGGGGCUGCUGAACAAAGGGUUUUAGGCGUAGGAAGACUGGGAAGUGGUCACUGUCAAACUGGGGGAUGACCUCAAAGUGGUCUGUGGAUUGGAGCAGGUUUCAAGAGAGUAUUACAUAAUCAAUGACACUCAUUUUGUUCCCAGCCCAGAAGGUAGGGUGAACAUCUUCUAAAGCGCCAUUUAGGAUGUGGAGGCUGAGUCUAUUACCCAUUUGGGCCAGGCAGAGUCCUGCAUAGUUUGACUUACUGUCCAAGUGGCGUGUGAGGGGGAAUAUAUCUAUUCUGGGUCAGGCAGGUAGCACUGAUAGCAUGCAUAUAGACAAGUAUUGUCAUCAAGGCUUAGUCUGGCAUUAAGUUCGACGCCUGCUACUGUAUACGCAUUGGGGAAGGUAGAGAGAGAUAAGGUCAGUUAAGUAGCUUUCCAGAUCAGACAACAGUUUCCUGACCUGGGAUUUCCACCUCAGUGGAGCUAGGUAGAUGUUCAUUACUAGCAAGGUACAGAUUCUGAAGUGAAUUGUUACAGCCAUGGCAUAUUGCUUAAAUGAGUCUUACUGAUGUUGCAUGCAGGGUGUUAGAGACCAAUACUCCCAGUCUAGUUUUAGGUCUGCCCCUUCCCUCCCUGGCUUCCACUCUCAAUGAGUAUGAGCUGAAGCUGUUGAAUGUGAGGUUCUUGGAUGUCCAGGUUUCCUUCACCAUUAUGACAUCAUAUCUGGAGGUGAAGUCUAUAAAGGAGGCAUCCCUGCAGCUGGAGUGCCAACCUGCCACACUUCAGGAGCGGUGCCCUCUUUGUGUCAUGGUUCAAGACCACACCGAGGAAUGAAAGGCAAUGAGUGCAGGAGCCGUGACAACAGAGGCUAUAGGAGGAGACAAGAUGAACUCUCUUUGCCAGGAGCUGGUGUUACCUGGCCCAGCAGACGCAGAAAAUGAAGACAGCCAUGGCAUUGCUAGUGAGAAUCUAUCAAUGGGACAGAGUUUGCUUCUAACAGAGGCUUCUGUAGUGGGAACAGAUACGGCUGGUGUUGAAAUAUUUGUAGAAGCCAUGGCUAGCAGCAUGUCCCUCAGCAAUGCUGGCAAUGCUACAGAGGUCUUGGUCAAAGUUGUGGAAUUGUAUUUCUGCGAGCAAUGUGGACAGAGCUUCUCUGAUCCCAGCCUGCUCUCCCAGCAUCAGUGUAUUGAGCUUUCCAGAGGACAACUCUCAAGCAUCCCUCAACUCCAAGCAUUACCACUAGGCCUUACUAGCCAGGACCUGGCUAUAUCUGGAGAGGAACCAGCAGUCCAGCAGACACCAGCAGAAAACCUGUUGGGAACAAGCAGGCAGGACCCUGAGCUGUGUGCUGAGCCUUUUCUGUGUCCCAUUUGCCAGGCAGAAUUUGCACUGCCCACUGAAUUGAAGGAGCACUUUAAGGAUCACCACAAACCCGAGGGUGCCCAAGUCUGCCCUGAGGAAGACUGUCACUUCAGCUCAGAAGAUCGCAAACAGCUCCGGGGACAUCUGCGACGUGUCCACCAGGUGACUCCGGUCACCUGUGCCUACCGUGGCUGCCCACUCUUGUUCAAAACCAGAGAGGUCAUGGAGCUUCACCGCAGGAACCACUUCCCGUUCCACUGUGGGCAUUGUGACUUCAUCAGUGCCAACACGAAGCAGUUUGGGCAGCAUAGGCACAGCCAUUUGCAGGAGGCACUGCUGGAGACGGGAGCAGUUGGCGAGAGUACUGAGCACAGCUUAAGUGCCAUAGUGGGAAAGGGACUGACUGAUCAUCUGCUUCAGAACUCAGGAGAGGCAGAAACACUGAGCAAGGCAGAGAAUUCCCUCCAAGUUCAGAAUGGUUGGGAGGUGACGGAAAUGGAGCCUGGCCUGGGAGGGCCUGUUGAUAGCAGUGAUGUGCCUCACAAAAACCAGAGAAGCUCUGAUAAGGAAGAUAAUGCAAGGAAUGGAGAGGAUGAGUCACUGGAGGAGGAAGAGGAAGGCUCUUACAAGGCAGCCCAAAGUGGCAAGAAGUCGUCUUCCAAGAAAGCAAAGUCCUCUCAGGCCCAGCUGCUCAAAGGAGAUGUGGCGGAGGACUCCAGAUAUGUGUUCAAGACCCACAUGUGUCCAGAGUGCAAGCGUUGCUUCAAGAAGCGGACUCAUCUGGUGGAACACCUUCACCUGCACUUCCCAGAUCCUAGACUGCAGUGCCCAAACUGCCAGAAGUUCUUCACCAGCAAGAGCAAACUGAAGAUCCACAUGAUGCGUGAGACUGGGGAGAAGGCCCAUCGCUGCCCACUCUGCCACUACAGCUCUGUGGAGAAAAAUGCCCUCAACAGGCACAUGGCCAGCAUGCACGAGGACAUCUCCAACUUCUACUCAGAUGUCUACUCUUGCCCAGUGUGCAAAGAGAAGUUCAAGCUCAGCCAUGCCCUCAAGGAGCACCUGAAGACCCACAAGGCAGAGCCCAAGCAACUAAGCUGCUUCCAGGCAGGCUGUGACUACUGCACCGAGGACCGCAAGGAGUUCCUGCGGCAUGUCAGGGAAGUGCACAGCAUCAAAGCCGUGGAGUGCAAGUACUAUGCCUGCUCCCUGCUCUUCCCUACUGCUGAGGUCAUGGAGGUGCAUCGCAAAACACACUAUGCCUUUCACUGUCAGCAGUGCGAUUUUAUCUGCUCCAACAAGCACAUCUUCCGCAAGCAUAAAAAGCAAGGGCACCCCGGGAGUGAACAGCUCCAGUGCAGCUUCUGCCCUUUUGCUACCUUCAACUCAGUGCAGUUUCAUGACCAUGUUGGUAAGAUGCAUGCCAGUGAGAAGAUACACAAGUGCACUGAAUGCAACUUUGCCACGGCACACAAGAGAGUCCUCAUCCGCCACAUGUUGCUACACACAGGAGAGAAGCCCCACAAAUGUGAGCUCUGUGACUUCACUUGCCGAGACGUGAGCUACCUUUCUAAACAUAUGUUGACCCACUCCGACGAUAAGAACUACAUGUGCACUGAGUGUGGCUAUGUCACAAAGUGGAAGCACUACCUCAACGUUCACAUGCGGAAGCACACUGGAGACCUCAGGUACCAGUGUAACCAGUGUCCCUACCGCUGCCAUCGGGCUGACCAGCUGAGCAGCCACAAGCUGCGCCACCAGGGCAAGUCGUUGAUCUGUGAAGUGUGUGGCUUUGCUUGUAAGCGCAAGUACGAGCUGCAGAAGCACAUGCAGGCAAAGCACUCCCAGGACUACCAGACACCCAUCUUCCAGUGCCAGUACUGCAGCUACCAAACGAAGUACAAGCAAGCCUUAUUCAACCACGAGAACUGCAAGCACACCAAACAGAGGGAGUUCCGUUGUGCUCUGUGCCUUUACCGCACCUUCAGCAACACUAGCCUCUUCUUCCACAAGCGCAAGGUCCAUGGCUAUGUGCCUGGUGACAAGGGUUGGCAGGAGAACUAUGCCAGCAGAGAGCUUGAGGUCAGCUCCACCAAAGUGCUGCUCAGCUACAACCUUGCCAUGACCCUACACUCGGAGUCUAGCCCCUCUCUGCUUGAGAAAGAGCCCUGGCAUGACAAAGCCAAAUCCCUUGUUCCCGAAGCCCAGGAAGAGGACUGCCACCAAGAGGCGUUCAUUGUGCCUCUCUUUGAGAAUGAAGGCAGUACUGAGUUGGUAAGAGAAGAAGCUGUGGGAGGGCAAGGUGGGGCCCCUUCAGAGGAUGUGUCCUCUUCAGAGGAAGUCCCCGUGAAAGCUGUUCCUGAGAGCCCAGGGGAACUAGGCGGGGCCAGCAAGCCAGUUCAGAGUUGCACUCUGCACUUGGAGACUCUGUGUAACUCGGACCUGGCUCUGGAGCACUUGGCUGAAGAGAUGUCUACUGCUCUGCCAGAGAACAGGGAGGCUCUGAACAGCAGGGAAGUGGCCUCAGCCUACGAAGUGAUAGACUCCAGAGAUUCCCUUGUCCUGGAAGACAGCAGUCCUGCCCUUGAAGAUAUUCCUGAUUUUGAGGAGGAGACGGAGGUCCAUGGAGAUGGAGAGACGGAGAAAGAUUUUGGUUCUGGUGCUGGUGAGAGCAGUGGAAAGGAGACACAGGAAGAUCUGGGGGGUCAUAUGAAAGAUGGGCAGGACUUGGUGCUUUUGCAGACACCACCCUGCCCUGAGCAGGGAGAGCCAAGGCCUGGUCAAGUGCAGGAGGCUUGGUCAGAUGUGUCAAAGCAGGACUCUCUCCAACCCGAUGCCAGCCAUCACAUUUCCCUUGCCCCAGAGGAUGCACUUGUCCCCUCUGAAGAGGAUUCCCAGUCAGAGUCUGUGCUCAAAGCUCUAAGGAGGCAGGACAAAGAGCAGGCGGAAACCCUGGUCCUGGAAGGGAGGGUGCAGAUGCUGGUGGUUCAGUCUGAGAGUCAGGUUUUCAGGUGCGAGAAGUGCUCCUACAUCACCAGGAAGGAGAAGUCCAUGUUGGUGCACUGCAGAACUGGCUGCCAGAGUAAGAAAUCCCCCUUGGUGUGCCAGGAGUGUGGGGCUGUUUUCAAGCAACAGAGAGGGUUGACUACUCAUCUCCUUAAGAAGUGCCCAGUCCUCAUGAAAAAGAGGAGCGGGAAAGCCGCCUCCCUAGACCAGCCUGCUGCUAGACAGCCCAGUGACAAGGGCCUGGACUCAGCAGAGGCAAAGGAGAAUGGUGCAGGAGUCUUGGAUGAAGCAGCAGUGAGCAAGCUGCAAAAAGCAUCCUGGGAAGUAGAACUGAGGCCUGUUACUGCAGGGUCUGUGGCCAUUGCACUUCCUGGCCCACAGUCCUUGGCCACCAGUGUGCAGAAUAAGCCAUCUCAGGGUGUCCCUGGAACGAUGGUGGAAGAACAGAUGCCGCAAGCUAUCGUAGAUGCUGCUUCCUGCCACCCAGAGAAGUAUUGCCUGGAGCAGGGCAAGUUCCACUGUAAAUCCUGCUCCUUUGUCUGUUCCCGAAUGUCCACGAUCUGCUCCCAUGUCGAGGAGGGCUGCCGUGGGCUGGAGCAGUCCCGGUGUCCUAAGUGCUCCAAGCCAUUCCGCUCCAAGAGGGCCCUAAAGAGCCACCAGUCGGAGGCACAUGUUGAAUCGCCUCCCGCCAAGCUGCUUGAAGGAAGCGACAGCCCCACGCCCCCAGAGGAAGGAGAGAAGCGAGAGAAUGGCCAGGUCAGCCGGGAGGAGUUGGGCCAGCCUGAUGAACUGGCAGGGGCGAUGUCUUCCCCUCCAGUCCCCCGACGCAAGAGGCGGCACUUCUCCUGCCCAACCUGCCCUUUCACGUGCCACCAGGAACGCGCCCUGAAGACCCACAAGAAGCGAGGCUGCCUGAAGCUGGGCGAGUUUCGCUGCACGCUGUGCCCCUUCACCUCCAAGGCUCCUGCAGCCCUGCGGCUCCACCGCAAGCUCCACCGGAAGUACUACAGCGCGCGGCCCCAGCUGGCCUGCCGCCAGUGCGACUUCACCUGCAAGCAGGUGCGCUGCCUGCGCCAGCAUGUGCGCAUCAAGCACGAAGGCGUGAAGCCUCACAAGUGCCCUUACUGCGAGUUCAGCACCACCCGGCGCUACCGCCUGGAUGCCCACCAGUCUUUGCACACCGGGGUGGGCCGCAUUGCCUGUCCUACCUGUGGCCAGACCUUUGGGACCAACUCCAAGCUGCGCAUCCACCGCUUACGUGUCCACGAGAAGAAGCCCACCCACUUCUGCCCACUUUGUGACUACAGUGGCUACAUCCAGAAUGACAUCACCCGCCACGUCAACAGCUGCCACCAAGGAGAGCUGAACUUUGCUUGCUCCCACUGCGAAGCCCGCUUCAGUUCGGAAACGGCCCUCAAGCAGCACGCUCUGCGGCAGCAUGAGGAGAAGGUCUCCUACGGCUGCCCUCGCUGCGCCUUUGUCUGCCACAGUGAGGCCACCCUGAAGUGCCACGCCCAGAAGCAGCACCCCCACCUGGAGUGUGCUACCUGUAAGGAGACGCUGGCCACUCGGGAGGAGCUGGAGGAGCAUAAGAAGCUCCACUUCAGCCACCGCUGCGAUUGCUGCAGCUUUGCAGCCAAGGAGAGGCAGCAGCUGGUGAGCCACUACUUGGAGGCCCACGAGCCCUCGGUGGAGGAGGAGGAGAGGCCCCUCAAGUGCUCCUUCUGUGACUUCGCCUGCCACCACCAGCUGGUUUUUGACCACCACGUGAAGGGCCAUGGCGGGACCCGUGUCUACAAGUGCUCCGACUGCGAGUACACCACCAAGAACAAGCAAAAGAUUACGUGGCACAUCCGCAUCCAUACUGGGGAGAAGCCUUACAAGUGCCACCUGUGCCAGUAUGCCUGUGCUGACCCUUCUCGCCUCAAGUAUCACAUGCGCAUCCACAAGGAAGAGAGGAAGUACCUUUGCCCAGAAUGUGGCUACAAGUGCAAGUGGGUGAAUCAGCUGAAGUACCACAUGACAAAGCAUACAGGACUCAAGCCAUACCAGUGUGAUGAGUGCAAAUACUGUACCAACCGUGCUGACGCCCUGCGUAUUCACAAAGAAACACGCCACCGUGAGGCCCGCUCUUUCAUCUGUGAACAGUGCGGGAAGGCCUUUAAAACCCGCUUUCUCCUCAAGACACACUUAAAGAAGCACAGUGAGGAGAAGCCCUACGUCUGCAACGUGUGCUACAGGGGCUUCCGGUGGGCAGCUGGCUUGCGUCAUCACUAUCUUACCCACACCAACGAGCACCCCUUCUUCUGCCGCUACUGCAGCUAUAAGGCCAAGCAGAAGUUCCAAGUGAUCAAGCAUCUGCAGAGACACCACCCUGAUCAAGGAGGAACAGAGGGGGAUCUCAGCAAAGGGGUGGGCAAGGACCCCAGCACGUUGACUGUCCAUCUGCAUGAUGUUCAGCUGGAAAUUUCCUCUUCCAAGCAUCCUGACGAGGGUGAAGCCCAGGUGUCACCACAUGGCUAAAUGCAGCCAGAGAGAAUGAACAUACAAGUCAAGACUGCUUUGCUAUCAUUUCCGUGAGCCAGAGGAGGACAGAAUCCUAGUCCUGUCCAAGCCAUUUCAAGCCCACUAGGGCAAACACAGGCCGCUCUAGGUCAAGUGUAUGCACUUGUGUAUGUUAUGUUUAUAGGCAUAUCUGUAUAUGGGAUGUAAAAUAUGUGUAUAAAAGGGAUGUCUAGCCUUGUUUGCAA